CAGUGGACUUGUGUAGCAGCAUCGUGUGACGCUGUUGGACGCUGCACGAGACGUCGUAUGCAAUGGACGACUGGACAAAUGGCUUGGGUUCACGAGUCGGGCAUGUGGGGUCGUCACCCAUAAACAAAAGGCUGUCCGGGUGCCACGUCAUAGGCACGGGGCUCACGGUGAAGAUUGGAAUGGCCUGCAUCAUGUUGCGAAAGUCGGCGUUAGAUUUGGGUAGCGCGGUCGUGGCUUGCGCAACUGUGCUCAAGACAGCACGGGCCAUCGACUUGGGCGUGGGCACAAAGAACAAAUCCAUGUCCCCCGUAGUGACCAAACUUGGCUCGGGUAAUAUGGUACGACGGCAUCUCCGAACCCAUUUCUGGCUCGGGGUGCCAAGGGGUGUUGCAAGGCCAGCAGCACUCGUAGUUGACAGGGUCGACCAAGUGGUUGUGGUCGCGAUGGCUGCGCACUUGGAGUACAAAAUGUGCUCGUUCCACGGCCCCCACGUCAUAAUGAACGUCGACCACGCCACGUUUUUGUCUUGAACGCAACAUGCAUGAUCGUGAUGGGCUGGGUCGCGCCAUGCGCGUUCAACACAUGAACUAUUUCGUCGACACCCAUGGCGUUGUCGUUGAAAUGCAGAAGCGCGCACCGUACCACGCCUUGUUGUCGCCAAUACGCCACCUCCAACUCGACGCUUUGAAACACAUUCGCGGUUUGACUCAACCACGCUGCGCCCCCUGAUGGGGCUUCUUGCCUUGGCCGCCCACAGAGGUAGGGAAAUCUACCGUAUAUAUUCUCGACAAGAGUUAUUAUUUAUUUAGAGCAAUAUAGUAAUGGACCUGGCCAGAGAAUAAUUUAUGUUUUCCAGCGACCAUAUAUUUUAUGGUCGCUGGACGCCAAGGACAGAAAUAAGUUUUGCGGUGGGCCUCAAGAAAUAAAUGUAUUCAUAUU